AAACGGGAGGGAACUAUGCACGUCAACAGACCGGGAGCUAAUCGGAGAAUUCUGAAGAAGCUACCAACAAACACGGAAGGGGCAGCUAUUCUGACCGGCUACGUGUCCUGUCUGGAUCGACCUGUUUCGGCUUUCGUACGAUUGAAAGUGGCACAGAAGCUCUAUCCAAUUCUCCCGGAUUUGCCAGUGCCAGUUCGAUUCAUCUUCAUUCUGCUCAGUCCCUCGGAAAACUAUCACAGUGAGCGGGAUUCCAUUGCACGGACCAUAGGAGCCUUUUUAUCUGAUGAG